AUGGAUAUGACUACUUGUGUUGCUAGAAGAACUCGUUCGAGGACGGAAUCUUACUUGAAUUCGAUUCUAAAUCGAGAAAAAGGGAUUUCUGUCGAAGAUCAGCCCGAGGGGUCGUUAGAUUCGAGGAGGGAGAUGAAGAGAUCUUCCAUGCGUAAUGCUUGUUCACCAUCGCCGGUUAAGUCGAAACGACGCCGGAGAAAGGCGACCGAGGAUGAUGACGAUGUCGAGUAUAUCGGAAGUACCAUACCAGAAGGUAAGCCAGAGCACGAACCUGAUUCGGUGAUUUCUCCUAGGUUAGAGUCGAAAUCGGUUGAUCAUGAUAGGAUUUGUGAUUUACCUGUGGAUGAUGCUAAUUCGAGAGGUCAGGAGAAAAUCUCUAUUCUGACUCCUUCAGAUUCUGAUGAUGAUGUUGUUAUUGUCGAAACUAUCCCGAGUGAGGAGGAGGAACAUGUAGAGGAUUACAAUGUUGUUGAUAGGGUUUGUGACUUGCCUGUGGAUGAUGCUGAUUUGAGUGGUGAGGAGAAGUCUCCUAUCUUGACCCCUUCAGUUCCGGUGAAUUCGGAUCCUGAUGAGGUUAUGAGUCUUAGUAGUUCUGACGAAGAACGUUCUAUAGAGGAAGUCAGUGGCGAAGAUAGAAAUUAUGGUGACAGCGAUAGCGAUAAUGAUGAAGAUGUUGAUGUUGAAUCAUCCGAUUAUGUGGCGGAAAGUUCCGAUUCUACUUAUAUUGAAAGCUCUGAAAGUGAAUCCGACGACGAUGAGGUUGGUGCCAGAGACGCUGCUAAAGGCAGGAAGAGCCCAAAUGAAAAAGUGUAUACCCACGAGAGGCGAAAAACUCUUCCUCCUAGGGAGAAUAACUUGGAUGUAUUUGAGCUGCUAGCAAAAUCUAUUUGGGAGAGAACGAAAAUUUUCGAGGAAGACAUCUUCUCCGAGGACGAAACACAAGAGGUUGAUUCCAGAGAAGAUGCUAUAGUUAGAGAGAGCUCAAAUGAAAAGGUGCAUGAACAGAGGAAACCGAGGAAUUUCCGUAGGGUUAAAAAGAAGAACCAGUCAGAUGUGUUUGAUCUUCUAGGAAAUUCGGUUUGCGGGAAGGGUGAGAGUUUUGAUGAUGGAGUGGCAGGAGAUUCACCUCCACUAAACCUGAGAUUCGGCUGUGAGGUGCCUGAACCAAUUGAGAAAACAGAAGAGGAGAAAGAAAUAGACAGAUUGUGGGAAGAUAUGGCCUUAGCUCUAAAAUUGGAAGGACUACACUCAUCUACCCCUGCUAAAAAUGCUGAUGUGCCAUGUAUUAAAGGGAAGCAUGACUUUGUUCUUGAUGAGGAAAUCGGUCUGAAAUGCCGCCACUGCUCUUAUGUGGUCGUCGAGAUCAAAGACAUCUCACCAGCCAUGGACCAGUAUCGUGCUAAUGUUAGUGACAAGAAUAAAUGUAGUGACAGAAAGGGUGACACUUUACCUAGCAGGCUUGACUUUGAGACUUCAGAUCACAGCAGCUAUGCCGCCUCUUUCAAUAAUACAGAAGGAACUGUCUGGCAAUACAUUCCUGGCGUCAAAGAUACUUUGUACCCUCACCAACAAGAAGGCUUUGAAUUUAUUUGGAAGAACAUAGCUGGGACCUCAAAACUUGACGAGUUGAAGAGCUCAGAGGCAAGGGAAAGUGGCGGAUGCAUUAUUUCGCAUUCACCUGGAACUGGUAAGACGCGCUUGACCAUCGUCUUUCUUCAGUCAUACUUAGAACGGUUUCCAGAUAGCCAUCCUGUGGUCAUAGCUCCUGCAAGCUUACUGUUAACAUGGGAAGAAGAGUUCAGAAAAUGGAAUGCAAAGAUUCCAUUUUAUAACAUGGGUAAUCUGGAGUUCUCAGGGCUUGAGAACCAAUCAGCUGUCUCACUUCUAAAGGGAAAUAAGAGUCAUAGGAGCAACAAGCGUUCCAUUCGUAUGGUUAAGCUAUAUUCUUGGAGGAACAAGAAAAGCAUUCUUGGAGUUAGCUACCAUCUGUUUGAGAUGCUCGCGGGAGGUAAGCACGCUAAAGAAAUGGAGGAGUUCAGAAGGAUGUUGCUAGAAUUGCCGGGAUUGCUGGUCCUUGACGAAGGCCACACCCCGAGGAACCAGAAUAGUUGCAUUUGGAAAGUGCUCUCUGAAGUUAGAACGGAAAAGCGUAUCAUUCUUUCUGGGACACCAUUCCAAAAUAAUUUCAAGGAACUUUCUAACGUCUUAUGCCUGGCAAGGCCAGCUUAUACAGAUUCGAUUUCUUCGAGGCUCCAAGAUCUUAGCAAGUGGAGCGAAGAACGCAACAACGGGAGGUGUUAUGAAGAAAUUGGAAUUGUAGAGCUUAGGGCUAUGAUUGCUCCAUUUGUGCAUGUCUACAAAGGGAACAUCCUUCGAGAAAGGCUUCCAGGUCUAAAAGACUGUGUUGUGGUGUUGAACCCGCCUCAUAUACAGAAGAAAAUCCUCGCCAGAAUCGAUUCUCAAAACACAUUUGAACUUGAGCACAAGCUUUCUGCUGUUUCAGUUCACCCAUCUCUGUAUUUGGACUGCAAUCCCACAAAGAGGGAACAAUUACUCAUUGGGCCUACAACAUUGAAAACCCUGGAGAGUCUUAGACUUAACUCAAAGGAAGGUGUGAAAACGAGGUUCCUGAUUGACUUCAUCCGAUUCAGUGAAGCAGUGAAAGAGAAAGUGUUGGUGUUUAGCCAAUACAUUGACACUCUAAAGCUGAUCAGGGACCAGCUCAGUGUAGUAUUUGGCUGGAAAGAAGGGGAAGAAAUUCUAUUCAUGCAUGGUCAACUUGAACUGAGAGACAGGCAACAUCUGAUCAACAACUUCAACAAACCAGACAGUGAAUCUAAAGUGCUACUGGCAUCAACAAAAGCGUGUUCUGAGGGUAUCAAUCUUGUUGGCGCGUCAAGAGUCAUACUUCUUGAUGUUGUUUGGAACCCAUCUGUUGAAAGGCAAGCGAUAAGCCGGGCUUACAGAAUUGGUCAAAAGCGGAUUGUGUACACAUACCAUCUCAUGGUUAAAGGCACAAGUGAGUGGGACAAGUAUUGUAAGCAAACCAAGAAACAUCACAUAUCCGAACUGGUCUUCUCUUCUACGAAUGAAAAGGAUGUGUUGAUAAACAAGGAAGUUGUUUCUGAAGAUAGAAUUCUCGACGAGAUGAUUCAGCAUGAGAAGCUCAAAGACAUGUUUGAGAAGAUACUUUAUCACCCUAAGGAAUCUGACAUGUCUACUAACAUGCUCUGA